ACAGUUACCUAUCUAUAUCUGUCAUUGUCAAAAUCGGUCAAGUCGAAACAUUGUUACUUUUAAUGAAUUAAACAACAAAUUAAUUUAAAAUAAACUAUAGAUAGAAAUAAAAUGACGUCUGAAGCAAGAAGAGAGCGAAGAAUGAGGAGAGUCAUUGAACAUGGUGGUACAAGAAUAGAAAAAAUUCAUAAUUUGUUUAACGAAACACCUAAAGACUUAAAAACUGAAUCUGCCUGUGAAGCAGUUUCGCAUACAAGUACAUUCGUUGAUCAAAACAACCAAGAACCACCUCUAAACGAAUUAAGUGCAAGUUUAACCUCAAUUUUCCAAAAUGGUAAUUUUUCAGGCGUUUCAUCCCCUAGUGUAAGAUCGACCGAGACCGAAUCGCACAAAAAAAACCUACGAAUAAUCGUUGUGAUGGCUUUGGCUACUUUUACAACAAUUUUGCAAUUAAUCAUUUUAAAAUUAUCCGAUUCCUACGAUUUACCUUAUUCCAAUCACAUUUUUACCCCAUUCCUUUUGUACGAAUUCAUUAAUUUGUUUAUGUUAAAAACAAAUCCGCCCAUAAAUAAUAUAAGUUUCAUUAUAUCGAUGUUCGCAAGGAUUUCACCCCGCGUUUCGGGGAGAAUUAUGAAUAUAAUGAGCACGAUAACUACAUUUAUACAAGAUUUAAUGAUAUAUUUUUUCGUGUACGUUUUUAUUAAUUUAUUUAUUGAUAUUGUGUGUUAA